UCUUGUUACAGCUGCAGUGGAAGAACUUGACAAACAGGUUGUGGGACCGCCUUUAAAUCGAGGCAACACCUCGUUUUCCAGCCUUUAUAAACACGCACCCCUUCAGCCUACGAACUAGAAACUACUAAGGGCUCAAACACUCAUCAGGGGCGAAACUGAAGUCGCCUGAUUUACACGACAGCCAAUCCUGCAUCACUGACAGGCAGACUCCUCUAAGCCGACCACCCCGGAGUUAUCGCUUUCCUUUCUGCUCAGGAAGAAACAAAACACCUCUCGUCAACAUGAUGAUGCAGCUGCCAGAAUCCCACGUCCAGAAGAACUCCCUCUUCAACGCCAUGCACCGCUUCAUCGGCGCCGUCAACAACAUGGACCAGACCGUCAUGUUGCCCAGCAUGCUGCGGGACGUCCCGCUGGAGGAGGACAGGGAGAUGAGCUCCAUGAAGUCGGACGAGGACGAGGGGGACAUGUACAGCUACUACCAGCUGCUCAAGUCCAUCCGCAGCAACAUCGAGUGGGGGGUGCGGUGCUCGGCCCAGGACGAGAACCACAAGGAGAGCUUGACCAUCAGCCGCAAGAACUCGUCCGCGUCCACCGCCUCCACCGCGUCGCUGUCGUCCGAGGAGGAUGAGGAGGAUGAGGAAGAGGAUGAGGAUCUGCAGAAGCAGUUCCAGUACCACCUGACCGGGCUGCAUGGGGUGUUGUCCAAGCUCACCCUGCAGGCCAACUUUCUCACCAAGCGCUAUAAGCAGGAGGUGGGGAUCGGAGGAUGGGGCCAGUGAAGCCCACAGUAUUUUCUAUUAGACUUCUCUCAAUGGGCCAUUUUUUUUUUUUUUUUAUUAUUUGACUGCUGCUGUUACUACUACUGAUGAAAAUUGUGGACAAACAUUUGAAUGGUAGAGACAAAAAGGGUUGCAGCUUAUAUCUCUCUCUAGGCUACUAUGUGGUAUUAUAGUAGCCUAAAGACACCAAACUUCCAAAGUUUUGUACGCAUUACGCAUUAAUGAAACAUAUUUAAAACCUUUUUAUUUAAUGUAUUAUUUAUUACCUCACACUGUAUAGUUUGAGAACUGUUUUGUCUAAAGCCGGUGAAGGAGUAGACUGCAUGAACCGCACGACCCCUGGUCUGAACCGCCCUCCUCUGAUGGGAGGAGGGAUACUGAUGAAAGAUUCAGCCUCCUAUUCUGUGUCGCUGUUGAUGUCAGUGUGUUCAGACGUGGCCAGUGUGUGUGAUUGGUGCUCCCUUCGAACCGGACGUGUCUGUGUCUUUAAACUCUGCUUGCAUAGAAGGAGGCAGAUGCUCACUGCCAGUGAUCUCCUAAUGCCCUACAUGUCCAAUGAACCAGAAUCGAGCGAUGAUGCUUUUCUGCAUGGAGAAGAAUAGGGGGUUUCAAACAAGAUGCUAUUGUUGUCAUUGUCAUUAUUUGUUAUUAUUAUGGUAUUGUUUUGAACAUGUCCAUCUGUCAAAGUAAGCAAUUGCAUUCGUAUGCACCUUCUAAACCACUUUUGUACUGAUAAUAUUUGUUUCUUAAGAAUAAACUUUUAUA